UAUAUUGACAUCAUUCUAACAAUAAGUAUAAAAGAUACAAAAUACGUAGCUAAGAAGAUAAUUCUAUUGAAACGGAUACGCGAGGAAUUCGAUUUACAUGCAUUAUAUAAGCUAGGAAUAAUUAUUCUUAAUGAACAUCGUUGAGUGUUGUAAAUCGGAAAUUAUAUGUAUAUUUAGAUGGCUUAAUUUAUAUACGGUAAUUUCAUAAUUUCUCUGUUAAUGUCUUCGUUUUUUCCUCUCUCUCUCUCUCUCUCGAUAAGUUAUCGCGAUGUGGCAAUAGCGAUAACAUUAUAUGCUUAGAGGUGAAGGAUAGAGUAUCUUUUUUAGUAACAGCGUGUAAAACCAAAUCGCUGCCAUUGGAUCCUUUGUCAUUCUGAAGGAAACGUCGGUGGCGCGCCUUUGCAACCCGUCGCAGCAGACCAUCCUGGUUGUAUUUCAGCGCAUUCCCUCGUGAUCGUACGAGAAUACAAGCACCGCACAAAUGGCUGAAGACUUACGAGAAGGAUUACUAUUGGGCAUGGGAAAUCCUCUUCUUGAUAUUUCAGCAACUGUAGAUUCUGAAUUUUUAAAAAAGUAUGAUUUAAAGCCUAAUAAUGCUAUUCUCGCCGAGGAGAAGCACAAACCUAUAUAUGAGGAAUUAAUCGACUUGUACAAAGCUAACUUUAUUGCGGGUGGAUCUGUACAGAAUACCAUGAGAGUAACACAAUGGUUCCUGCAAAAACCAAAAGUUGCCACUUAUAUGGGCUGUGUUGGAAAAGAUAAAUAUUCAAAGAUUCUAGAGGAUAAAGCAACUACGGAUGGUUUAAAUGUUCGGUAUCAAUAUACUGAUCAGGAACCAACUGGGACGUGUGCAGUGCUUAUUACAGGAAAAGAACGCUCCUUGUGUGCUAAUUUAGCAGCAGCAAAUUGUUUCUCACCAUUGCACAUUGAAAAGCCAGAGAACAAGCACUUGAUAGAUAUUGCAAAUUAUAUCUACAUAUCGGGAUUUUUUUUGACAGUUAGCUCAGAAUCCAUACAAACAGUGGCUAAACAUGCUUAUGAAAAUAAUAAAAUGUUCAUGAUGAAUCUUAGUGCUCCAUUUCUGUGCGAAUUUUUUCAAAAGCCAAUGUUAGCUGUAUUUCCCUAUGUGGAUAUCUUAUUUGGUAAUGAGACAGAAGCGGAUGCAUUCGCUAAGAACAACAAUUUUAAUGUAACAGAUAGGAAGCAGAUUGCACUGAAAAUAUCAAAUAUGGAGAAAAUCAAUGACAAAAGGAAAAGGAUAGUUAUCAUAACACAAGGUGCUAAAGCAGUACUUUUAGCCAAAGAUGGAACAGUAACAGAAUAUCCCAUCAUAAAACUGCCAGAGGAUAAAGUUGUAGAUACCAAUGGUGCUGGAGAUGCUUUUGUUGGAGGUUUUAUUGCACAACUUAUACAAGAUAAAGAUAUAGAAACGUGUAUAAAAUGUGGCAUUUGGGCGGCAACGCAAAUUGUACAAAGAUCCGGAUGUACUUACGAGGGAAAGCCGAAUUUCCAGUCUUGAUCAACGUCAACUUAGCAGCAAGUUAGAAAUUGUGUACUUAAUAAACAUUUUGACCUUUUUUUUUACCUGAA